AUGUCGUGGGCACGCCCGGAGUUUAGAGGAUCGCUGAGUAGAGCUAUGGGUGUGGCGGAUCGCCGUUCGGCCGAGCACGCUCGGUCGACGGCCCCAUCCGGCCCCCCACAUACGACGACUGGAGAUGUUGGUGUGGCAGACCGCCGUCCGGAGGAGCUUGCUCCCCCGGCGGCCCCGUCUGACCCGCCGCCUAGGACGACCCGGCCACCGUCCACGGACUACGACUUGGACGACGGAUCCAGUGAAGACGAUAUCGUAGUGCACGGCGCACUACCGGCCGACGAGAGGGCGCGGAGAAUGACGGCCAUCACGCAGCAACGCCCUGCGGGCGAGCGGCGCAAGCGGUCGUGUACUACCGCAGCAUCUGGCGCCAAAAAGACGCCAAAGAAGAGGAGGCAGCUGGCUGUCUCCACAAACGGGGGCAGAAGACGCGCCCUACCUGACGACAGCGGUGCGGGAGCGACCUGGACGACCGUUACGUCGAAACGUGCGGCCAGACCCAGGAAGACGCCUACACCGCCGCCCACAUCGACCGCAAACCGCUUUGGGGCCCUUGCGGUCGAAACUACGACUGAACAGCCUACUCCAGAGCGGUCGGCGCCCACGGCCGCCGCCAAAGCAGGCUGUUCAAAUGAUGAAGAUGACGAAGGAGCCGUCCCCACCACCGGACGGUCACACCGGAGGCCGCCGCCCAUAGUCUUCGAGGUGGCCGAAGACUAUAAAGGUUUCCUGCAGCUCGUAAGGCAGUGGACGACUGCCGACUUCACCUUGCGAGCUGCAGCAGGGAACCUGGUGCGGCUACAGGUCGCCAACACAGACGACUACAUCAAGGUGACGAGCGAGGCGUCAAACCAGGGCCUCCACUGGUUCACACACGCCGCCGUCCCCGAGCGACUAUUGAAGAUAGUCUUUAAGGGCUUACCGAUGGCAGCUCAACCGGAGCUGCUACGAGAGGAGCUGACAGAUCUAGACUUCAGCGUGCGCAACGUGACGCGCGUGAAGUCGCACGUCAGCCACAAAGAGUCGCCGUCACUUCUGGUUAUCGCCACCGAUACACCAGAAAACAGGCGGCUCUACCAGGUGACGAGGGUGGCCAACACAAAGGUCACCGUCGAAAACCUGAAACAGAAGAGGGGCCUGACGCCGGCAGCCAAUGCUGCCACCACCGUCCCCACUGAAGGGGGCAACAAAAGCUGGCGCACCCGCGUCAGAAAACGGGCGCGCGAGCGCUCGCCAGAUGACCAGCGCGCCUACCACGGGAAGGCGCGCAAAGAGGACCACCAAACGACGGGAAGCGAAAGGCGCGGCAACGCGCCAGCCGCCUCACGUCACCCUGCAGCAACCAGCCAAGGCGCCGCAACAUCAGCGCUUGAAGGAGGGCUGGCUGCAGCAAUUUCAGCACUCUCUGCGGCAAUCGACAAGCGACGCCGCAGGAGAAGGCGACGACAGCGUCCUGCAGCCGCGGCGAGCCGCGGAGGGACCGUGGAACCAGCGAGAGGAGGCAACGCCGCGGGAACAACGGCGGCGCCCGGAGGUGAUUCGACGGCGGCCACCGCUCACGUGCGGCCGCCUCCCCCCGCCGCCUGUGGCAAGGGCGGAGGAGGGAGGCGGCGGCGCGACGCAGCGAGUGGGAAGACGGCGACGACAGCCGGUCCUGACAUCGAGUCGGCCCUCCAGGAGGCGGAAGCUCGGUUCCGCAUGGUUCUCCAUGCGGAGAUGGAGGCCGCCUGCCUCACUCUACGUGAAUCCCUUAGCCGCAACACCAACAAGAAGGAAGCGCAGCACCAAGACGACAGGAUGGCAGCAACAGCAGCACAGCCCAGUCGCGACCAGGCCACACAAACGGCCUGGCCUAAGAAGAUGACAAUUAGUCGAGCCGCACAGGCCUCGUUAAAAGGCAAGGGAGAAGCGGUUGAACGACAGGACUCAAGCGUCCAAACCAAGGAGUUCGUCAACCACCGGGCGGAACUGGUGGACAGCGAACGCCUGGACGACGCCAGCCCAAGAGACGUUUACCAGAUGAGCUUCCUGCAAAGCAGGGAGCUCAGAAGAAGAAAGGAGGAAGCCCUGAACGAGCAGUCCAGAAGACAGAGAGAGGAGCAAGAGGCGGAGCGUGACAGGAGACGCGAAGCCGCCACUGCCCGCCGUGAACGCCAGCGUCAACACUGGCAACACGGAAAAUAA